AGUCAAACUCAGAGAAGUCCCCAUGUGUUUUACCGACAUGACUUAAUCAAUCAGCUUCAGCACAAUCAUGCCCUUGUUACAUUGGUUGCAGAAAAUCUCUCUGCCUAUAUGGAGAGUAUGAGGCAGUAUGCUAAAGAGCAUGGUGAAUAUGAUCCUCAGACUGUAAGACCAGGAAGCAGAUACAGUCAUGUGCAGGAAGUACAGGAGCGACUUAACUUCUUACGAUUUUUAUUGAAGGAUGGUCAGCUGUGGCUCUGUGCCCCUCAGGCGAAGCAAAUAUGGAAGUGUUUAGCUGAAAAUGCAGUUUAUCUUUGUGAUCGCGAAGCCUGUUUUAAAUGGUAUUCCAAACUAAUGGGGGAUGAACCAGACUUAGACCCUGACAUUAAUAAGGACUUCUUUGAAAAUAAUGUGCUUCAGCUGGAUCCUUCCCUAUUAACAGAAAAUGGAAUGAAAUGUUUUGAACGUUUCUUCAAAGCUGUGAACUGUCGAGAAGGAAAGCUAGUAGCAAAGAGACGAGCCUAUAUGAUGGAUGAUCUGGAAUUAAUAGGAUUAGACUACCUUUGGAGGGUUGUGAUUCAGGGAAGUGAUGACAUCGCAAACAGAGCAAUAGAUCUUCUUAAAGAGAUCUAUACUAAUCUUGGCCCAAGGUUACAAGUUAAUCAGGUAGUGAUUCAUGAAGACUUCAUUCAGUCCUGUUUUGAUCGUCUAAAAGCCUCCUAUGAUACAUUGUGUGUGUUGGAUGGAGAUAAAGACAGUAUCAAUUGUGCAAGACAAGAAGCAAUACGAAUGGUGAGAGUGUUGACUGUUUUAAGAGAGUAUAUAAAUGAAUGUGACAGUGAUUACCACGAAGAGAGGACUAUUCUACCUAUGUCAAGAGCUUUCCGUGGUAAACAUAUCACACUGGUAGUUCGUUUUCCAAACCAAGGCCGACAGGUGGAAGAUUUGGAUAUUUGGUCUCAUACAAACGACACAAUUGGCCAAGUCCGGCGUUGUAUUCUCAAUCGUAUAAAAGCCAAUAGUGCGCACACAAAAGUAGAACUGUUCAUUGGUGGUGAACUGGUGGACCCUGCAGAUGACAGAAAAUUAAUUGGGCAGUUGAAUCUCAAAGAUAAAACGCUAAUUACGGCUAAGCUUACACAGAUAAAUUCUAAUAUGCCCUCAAGUCCAGACAGUUCUUCUGACUCUUCAACUGGUUCUCCGGGCAACCAUGGCAAUCACUACAGCGAUGGUCCAAAUCCAGAAGUUGAAAGCUGUUUGCCUGGAGUGAUCAUGUCGCUGCAUCCUCGAUACAUCUCUUUUCUUUGGCAAGUUGCAGACUUGGGUAGUAGCCUAAAUAUGCCACCUCUUAGAGAUGGAGCACGUGUUCUUAUGAAGCUCAUGCCACCAGAUAACACUACAGUUGAGAAACUGAGAGCUAUUUGUUUAGAUCAUGCAAAGCUCGGGGAAAGCAGCCUUAGUCCAUCCCUUGAUUCUCUGUUCUUUGGUCCUUCUGCCUCACAAGUGCUGUACCUAACUGAGGUAGUUUAUGCCUUGUUAAUGCCUGCCAGUGCACCUCUGGGAGAAGAUGCCAGUGACUUCCAGUACAACUUCUUAAAAAGUGGUGGUUUGCCUCUGGUAUUGAGCGUGCUGACUAGAAAUAACUUCCUGCCAAAUGCAGAUAUGGAAACUCGAAGGGGUGCCUACCUUAAUGCUCUAAAAAUAGCCAAAUUAUUGCUAACAGCAAUUGGAUAUGGCCAUGUUCGAGCUGUGGCAGAAGCUUGUCAGCCAGUUGUGGAAGGCACAAGUACAAUUUCACCGAUAAACCAGGCUACACAUGACCAGGCAGUGGUGCUACAAAAUGCCCUACAAAACAUUCCUAAUCCAACUUCAGAAUGCAUGCUAAGAAAUGUAGCGAUACGUCUUGCUCAGCAAAUAUCUGAUGAGGCUUCAAAAUACAUCCCUGAUAUCUGUGUUAUUAGAGCAGUACAAAAAAUUGUUUGGGCAUCAGGUUGUGGGUCAGUUCAGCUGGUUUUCAGCUCGAAUGAGGAAAUUAGUAAAAUCUAUGAAAAG